CCUGGAGCAAGUUAGCACGGAGGGGCGAGGGUGGAGCGCCCUCACUCUCCCCUUACACACCUACUACUACUACUACUACAGACCCUUGUGGAUGUGUACUUUUACCAGCCAAGAGCGUACUGGUUUUGUUCAACAUUUAGAGAAUACUUACUUGAAAACUCUCAAUAAUUAAACUGGAUAUCGGACGAUAUUUUGAUCCAUUGAUGUACGCGGAGUAGUGGUGACUUGUUGACUGGAGGGCUGGUGCACACGGGCUCUCGCUCACUCGCCGUCAGCCAGGUUGUCGCCAUCACAUGUCGCCCGACACACACACACAAACCCAUCCACCCACUUCGCUCAUGUCAACACUACCAUUAUUAAGUGAUUUGGGGAAGCUGUACAAUCCUCUUCGUGGCGGGAACAUUAUGCCUAAGAGAGUUGUCUUGAAAUGAAGAUGAACAAACGCCCGUAGUAACAAGUAGUGUCGAGAGCGGUGGAUUUAUUAAACUUAUGUUAAAGCUGGUGUGAACAGUUUGUGUUGCCGUGUGCAGGUGUGUCUAAGAGAAACAAUAGUGGCGGGUCUGUCUUUUCGGAACUAGUGCCAACACGUGGUACUGCCAGUGUUUGUACAGUAAUCAUUACCAUCACAAACUACUACUACUCCUACGCAGAUAUUUGUUGUUAAUUCUCAUGACGGGAAGGAUGUAUGAUGUAAUGAUUAGUAAUGAGUGCAAUGCCCGACCCACUCAUGGUGAUACUGAGUGAGGUGUUAACGUUAGUGCAAGUGUUAAUGGUGGUAGUAGCGAGUGAGCGGCCUGGUGUGAUGUGCGCCCCCACCACCUGAACGCUACACCCAUUGAGAGCUUAUCGACCAUCAGCCACCUUUACUAGGAGGCAACAGAGAGAUGAGGAGCAGCGUGGCUAGGACCUGGUGACACGCCCUGGCGCACCAUGCCGCCUCUUACCUGGAUGAUCACUGUCAGCCUCAACGUAGGAUCUGAUUGACUACCCAGACGUGCAGUUGAUGCGUCCUGGGCAGCGGGUGUCGUGUAACGCCAUGAACUUAGAGAAGCUAUUGGCUCUGGAGCAGGAUGAGAUCACCAUCAGGCCGGUGGGUCGGGGAGCGCCUCCCCCUCCACCUGGCCACCACCACCACCAGUAUGACCCUGAGCAUCACCAUCACCACCAUGUCCCGCACCACCACCACUCCCACCAUGAUACCUACCUGCCCGACCUGGUAGGUAGCGCUAUCCUGCGAGGUGCUAGGAGUCGCGGAAGUGUGGGCUCCUCUGUGCGUGACGGAUCUGACACCUCCAGCGCCUAUUCUGGCUCCGACACCAUGUGCCACUCGCUGCAAUCCUCCCUCGAGCCUGAUGACGUUGACUUGUCAGGCUUGACAGAAAGUGCCGUAGAUUCUGACGAAGAGGACUUGGCUGAAAGCAUUGAGAGUUUAGCUGUGCGUGAUGCGGUGCGGGAGUGCCUGGAGAAGGAUCCUAGUGAACGCACCGAGGACGACAUAAAAGUACUGUUGGAAUUUACACAGCGACUACGAGCCUUCUCCAACAUGACUCUGGCAGUGAGGAAAGCUAUGUGUUCCGCCAUGGUUUUUGCAGUAGUUGAGGAAGCUGGUACAGUUCUCAUGAAUCAUGGUGAGGAGUUGGACUCAUGGAGUGUGAUCAUCAAUGGUCAUGUUGAAGUAACUCAGCUUGAUGGCUCUGUUCAUGAGCUUCAUUUAGGAGACAGUCUUGUCAAGAGACAAAAUGUGAUCACCAAAAAUUCCUUCUCUUCUGCCAGCUUUGGCAUCACUCCAACGAUGGAGAAACUGUACCACCAGGGUAUCAUGCGCUCCAAAGUGGAUGAUUGCCAGUUUGUCUGCAUCCGUCAGACUGACUACUAUCGCAUACUGCACCAGUCGGAAGAAAACAUUCGUCGUAUUGAAGAAAAUGGAGUACUGGUUUUGAUAACUGAACAGAGACCAAUAGAUGCAGGCAACAGGAAAGGAAAUAUUGUCAUCAAGGGUACAGCUGAGAGACUCAUGCAACAACUAGUGGAGGUGGAGAAUAAUGUAGACCCAACUUAUGUGGAGGACUUCCUACUUACCCACAGAACAUUUAUUGUAACUCCACUCACAGUUGCCAACAAGUUGUUACAUUGGUUUGAAGAACCAUCCCUACGAGAUAGAGUGACUCGGGUAGUGUUGCUGUGGGUCAACAAUCACUUCACUGACUUUGAGAUGGACCCGGUCAUGAUGAAUUUCUUGGAACAAUUCGAAGAAGGUUUGGAGAGAGAAAAGAUGGCUGGCCAGCUUCGUCUAUUAGACUUUGCUUGCGCCACAAAGGCCCAAGCAAGAACUGUGACUCUGACAAGACCUAGUAGGGACGAAAUCCUUCAAUUUUCCAUUUUAGGAGGAUAUGAAAGAGGAUAUGGUAUAUUUAUAUCCAUGGUUGAGAAAGGGAGCAAGGCAGAAGAUGUUGGUUUGAAGCGUGGUGACCAGAUCUUGGAAGUUAAUGGACAGAGCUUUGAUCACAUGAAUCAUGCAAAGGCUCUUGAAAUUCUUCGACAAACCUGUCAUUUAUCUAUUACUGUGAAGAGCAAUUUAUUAGCAUUUAAAGAAAUGCUCAUGACACCAGACAACUCUCCAAGACCAAGGUCAAGGAGGACCUCAGAUGCACGCGGCCUCAGUGACAAUAAUCAGUUGCCACUUAAUGCCACCUUUGCUUCCACCAUGAAUAUACCUUAUGAUCCUAAUCAACAGUCUCCUAGGGAUAAAGGCAAAAUUGGUAACAAUAAUAAGGGAUCCUCCAUGACCACAAAAGCCAACAAAUUCAAGAAGAAAGUCAUCGAGUCUCUCAUGCCAAGGAACAAUGCAUUUGAUCAAGACUCACAAGCUAACAGCGAUGAUAGUGUAUCUUCACACUCGAGUGUGGGUGGGGGACUGUACCACAGUCACAGCAACCCUGAUCUUAGCACAACAGGUGCAUUUGAUGAUGUUAGAGCCGAGUUCCCAGAGCAUGUGCUAAAGGUUUAUCGAGCAACAGACCAGUCGGCAAGAUUCCUACCGGUCCACAAGGAGACAACAGCUCGUGAGGUAGUGAUGCUGGCGUUACAAAUCUUCAACAUUAAUGACCCAACUGGUUCAUCCAAUUAUGCUUUGUAUGAGAUCACUGUCACAGAAGAAGGAUUUACCAAACAAAAACGAUUGCAAGACUCUUUACAGAACUUAGCAGAGAGAAUAGGACUGAGCAGCAGGUAUUAUUUGAAGAACAUCACUGUCUCCCAAACACUUUUUCCUGAUGAUAUUGUCAAUGAGUUAGUCAGAGAAUCGACAGUGUAUUUCCUUCAACUCAACUCUGUAGAGCUGGCCAUUCAACUUACUCUCGAGGAUUACACAGUAUUCCGCAAGAUUGAGCCCACAGAAUAUAUUGACUACCUCUUUAAUUUAAAAUCUAAUUAUGGAACCCCUGCUCUGUCUCAGUUUGCUGAGCUUGUGAAUCGAGAAAUGUUUUGGGUGGUGUCGGAAGUUUGCUCGGAACACAAUCUAGUCAAGCGUUCCAAGACUAUUAAGCAGUUUAUUAAAGUUGCAAGGCAAUGCAAAGAGUGUAAAAACUUCAACUCCAUGUUCGCCAUCCUCUCGGGUUUGGGCCACGGUGCAGUUUCAAGACUGAAACAGACUUGGGAACGACUGCCAUCAAAAUAUCAGCGAAUGUACCAAGAAAUGCAAGAGCUAAUGGAUCCCUCAAGGAACAUGAGCAAAUAUCGUAACUUAGUUCAGAAUGAAAAUAUACAGUCGCCAAUUAUUCCAUUCUACCCAGUAGUUGCAAGGGACUUAACCUUCACUCACGAGGGUAAUGAUGAUAAGAUUGAGGGCCUCAUCAAUUUUGAAAAACUCAGAAUGAUCUCUAGAUACAUUCGAGAUCUUCAGAACAUGUGUUCUGCUCCUUAUGACUUGUUUACUAUCCAGGAUGCUGGAGGACAGCCUCCAAGUUCGGCAUUAAUCUCACUUAACCAGAUGGCUGGUGGGGGACACCAGAUUGCUACAGUCAAGAGACGUAAGAAGUCUACUGCUGCUCCUGAUAAGAAGAAGAUGUAUGAAGAGGCUCAAAUGGUUCGACGAGUGAAGGCUUACUUAUCUCGCAUGAAUAUAAUUACGGAUGAAGAACGGCUCCGCAACAUGUCAUAUGAGUGUGAGGCUGGCUCAGAAGGCCACAAACCAACUGGUGGAACGGUUGGUCACAGCAAUAACAACAACAGUGGGUCUAACAGUGCUCCACCAACUAAUCCUCCACCUAGAAGGCGUCCUAAUUCACCCACACCAUCUACUACUUCUUCAACAUCAUCAACAUCCCAGACAUCUGAUGGAAAGAAACAGACAGCAAAAUUUGGAGCUACAUCUCCCCAGUCCAUAAGCAAGAUGAAGGCCCUGGCAGAGCCCAAGACGAAGCCUCAUCACGGCCCACGACCCACCACAACCCACCAUUCACUCUCUCCCACCCCUUCCCCUGGCCCUCCCCGCAGGGGAGCCCUGACCAACAAUAAUUCUCGCUCUACUCAUGAGCGUUCCCAUUCUGACACCCAUGCAGUUCCUGUGGACCUUAGUGCAGAGUCUUCCUCUGUCACCUCCCUAUCCAAACUCCACAAAUCCCACACCUCAGGUUCAAUGACAUCAACUGAAUGUCAUGUUGGCCUGGGUGAAUCUGAUUCUGGCAUUUCUACCCAUUUUGACGGUCACUCCUCCUCCUCGCUGGAAGUUGGGGGAGUUGUAGGCUACGAGUGUCUCUAUCAUCAUCACUCUUCUCCUCCAGCCCACCAUCGACGAUACUCACACCAACCAGAAUCUCGGUCGCGGCCCCCUUUCCCGCAUGCAGUGGCCGUACUGCCACCUGUCCCAGCAGCAGUCUCAACAGGUAUGUGUAUGGGUAGUGCACGUAUUCGUCGUGGAGCCCCAGGUGUUCCUCCAGACUAUGUAGCAACCCAGCUCAGAAUGAAGAAGAUGGGACGUGCUCUUUCUCAUGACGGUGUUCAAUAUUAUUCUCAGACACACCAUGAUGAUGAAGAAGAGGAUGCUCAAGUUUCUGCUGUGUGAGAGCUAAACCUCUUAGCACUGGGGUGAUGAACCUAGUCCUGCACAGGCUUGGCCUCCAUAAUUGGAAGACAUGAAGUAUUUUCCAUAAACUUUACAAGACUAGCCUUGUAGAGUUUCUUGUAGUUAUCUUUUGCCUUAGUCUAAGGCAUAAAAGUCAACUAAGGAACUCAGAUUUGCUUAUCUUGUGGGAUUGAAAGUUCAGAAGCCAAAGAUAGAUGGUUCCCAUUGGCUGAGAGAGUUGACUUUUGGAUGCUGUGACAUGACUUUGUAAAGGGAAUACAUGUGUGUGUGUGUGUGGCACAAAGACCGCUCGUAUUAUACUGUAGACAAAAUAUAUUUGAUGAUUGUUCUUGAUACUCAGUUGUGAGAUAAGAGUUGCAUCAAACUUGGGAUGAAACAAGAUUUUGAUCCAUUAUGUCAGCUCUCUGGCCGUGGGAUACUUUUGGGGCACAGCUUCAGUAAUUUUUUUUUUAUUGAUAUAAAUACAUGUAGAUCAUGAUUAUAUGUGGAUGUUCUUGUAUAUAUUUAUAUAGAUAGAUAUAUCCAUGUCCAUAUGAUUAGCUCUUAAGCAUAAUGCCUAGGUAUAUGUAAUGAGGUCAGCAAUUUUGAGACUUAAUCAUUUCUUCUGUAUGAGAAAUUUUUAACACUGUAAAUAAAAAAUAUGCCAUAUGGAAGGUAAAUGUAAGACUUGAGAUGUUGACUCCUUAAUGACCAUUAGUGGAUUAGGUUAUCCACAUCCUAAUGUCUGUCCCUCAAUAAGAUAAAGCCAGCCAGCCAUGUUGUCGUCCAAAUCCAACCCAACCCAGGGACCGCUAAUGAUGCUUAAUAGAAGGCAACCAUCCCCUGCCAUGGUGGAUAUAUUCAUUAUCAUUUACUAACUUAUCUCUGCUAUUUAUUUUGAAAUGGCUAAGCAGCAGCUUUGGAGAUAAGAGAUUAGUAUGUUGCUGUUAUGGGUUUCCCUGAUGGUGAUUUGAGUAUAAAUGAGAUAUUUUCAGAGCUCGGUGAUGUAAAUGAUAAGAAUCUUUUAUGGUAAAUUUGCUAUGUCACAUGAUAUGAGAUAUUAAUAUCCCUAAUUGAUAUUUGUAAUUCCUUAAUGAUAGGGAAUUAUUCAUAUUUUUGUGAAUUUCUCCAAUACUUUGAUUAAAUUUUCUUUUUUGCAUUUCAUGAAUGUUUAAUGUUUACUAAAAUAUCCCAGUUAUAUAACUUUGAUGUCAUUAAAAAUCAAGAGAACAUUCAGUGUAAUGUAAUUUUGUUGUAUUUUUUUUCUGACUGAUCAUAAGCUAUGUGUUUUUUUGUGUAAAAUAUAUGUCUGAAAUCUCAUUGUUCAGUGCUGGAUAUUUCACAUGUUAUUUUCUUGACAUGCAGAUCAGUAGAUACUCUUGCUAUAACUUCCAAACCUGCGGCCCUUUCUGGAGGCCUGGAUGAGAAAUGUACAAAUAAAUACACUUCACUUUGUAA